AUGUUUCCACUCAAUUUUCAUUACGAAGAUGUAUCACGUCAGGAUCCGUUGCUCAAACUGAAUCACGCCAACGUUAUGGAAGUUCCUGGAUUGUGUGAAAUAAGAUUAGUACCUAAGGCACCCUAUGAUUUAAUAAUUAAAAAUGGAAAAUUGGCUAUGGAGAUUCCGCGCGGUCAGAAAUUAAUACAGACACAAAGGGGUUCGACAGGAAAGUCGUUUCGAUCCAAUCCAUUCUUGGGGUCAAAAAAAGACAAAGGAUAUGUCAGUGACCUAGCACGACAAAGCACUCUCCGAGGGCAUGGAAUGUCUAAUUUUUCGGUCAGAAUAUCGACAGUAAUGUCUCUGUUAGAUUCUCCGGUCGAAAUACGGGAAAACUCCAUUCAAUUCUCGAUGGAAACGGAGUUUUGCGAAUUCUCCCCGGAACUGGAAGAUCAUUUCGAGAUCUUCGAACAUAUUCGAGGGUUCAAUGUGACUAUUGUAACUUCGGCCAACACACAAUAUGAGACUUUACCACCGUGGAGCGGCUUUUUGCAAAAAGAUGAGGGAGAAACUCAGUAA